CAGGAUGCCCAGAGCCGAGGCCCCCCACGCGGCUGGCGGGCAGAGCGAUGGAGGCGAAGGUGAGGAGGCAGAGCCAGAGGGGAUGUUCAAGGCCCCCAAGGACUCCAAGAGGAAAGCCCGGGACUACCUCCGCCUGGCGCCCCUGUGGCUGGCCCUGGUCGUGCUGGCUUCAGUGGGGGUCUUGCUCUGGUAUUUCCUAGGGUACAAGGCGGAGGUGACGGUCAGCCAGGUGUACUCAGGCAGCCUCCGGGUGCUCAAUCGCCACUUCUCCCAGGACCUUGCCCGCCGAGAGUCCAGUGCCUUCCGCAGCGAAACUGCCAAAGCCCAGAGGAUGCUCCGAGAGCUCAUUGCCAGCACCCGUCUCGGUCCUUACUACAACUCCAGCUCCGUCUACUCCUUUGGGGAUGGACCCUUCACCUGCUUCUUCUGGUUCAUCCUACAAAUUCCCGAGUACCGCCGACCUAUGCUGGGCCCAGAGGUGGUGCAGGCCCUGCUGGUGGAGGAGCUGCUGUCCACGGCCAACAGCUCAGCUGCCGCUCCCUACAGGGCCGAGUACGAGGUGGACGCCGAGGGUCUGGUGGUCCUGGAGGCCAGCGUGAAAGACAUAGUUGCACUGAAUUCCACGCUGGGCUGCUACCGCUACAGCUACGUGGGCCAGGGCCAGGUGCUCCGCCUGAAGGCGCCCGACAACCUGGCCUCCAGCUGCCUGUGGCACCUGCAGGGCCCCCAGGAUCUCAUGCUCAAACUCCGACUUGAGUGGAUGCUGGCCGAGUGCCGGGACCGGCUGGCCAUGUACGAUGUGGCUGGGCCCCUGGAGAAGAGGCUCAUCACCUCGGUCUAUGGCUGCAGCCGCCAGGAGCCGGUGGUGGAGGUGCUGGCUUCGGGCGCCGUCAUGGCUGUGGUCUGGAAGAAAGGUCUACACAGCUACUAUGACCCCUUCAUGCUCUCCGUGCAGCCCGUGGCCUUCCAGGCCUGCGAGUUAAACCUGACACUGGAGGGCCGGCUGGACCUGCAGGGCGUCCUCAGCACACCAUACUUCCCCAGCUACUACUCACCCAGUACCCACUGCUCCUGGCAUCUCACGGUGCCUUCUCUGGAGUACGGCCUGGCCCUGUGGUUUGACGCCUACGCACUGCGGAGGCAGAAAUACGACCUACCGUGUACGCAUGGCCAGUGGACGAUCCAAAACAGGAGGCUGUGUGGCCUGCGUACCCUACAGCCCUAUGCUGAGAGGAUCCCCGUGGUGGCCACUGCCGGCAUCACCGUCAACUUCACUUCCCAGAUCUCCCUCACCGGGCCUGGCGUGCAGGUGCACUAUGGCUUGUACAACCAGUCAGACCCCUGCCCUGGAGAGUUCCUGUGCUCUGUGAACGGACUCUGUGUCCCCGCCUGUGAUGGGAUCAAGGACUGCCCCAACGGCCUGGAUGAGAGAAACUGUGUCUGCAGAGCCACAUUCCAGUGCCAAGAGGACAGCACGUGCAUCUCACUGUCCAGGGUCUGUGACCGGCAGCCUGACUGCCUCAAUGGGAGUGACGAGGAGCACUGCCAGGAAGGGGUGCCUUGUGGCACAUUCACCUUCCAGUGUGGUGACCGGAGCUGCGUAAAGAAACCCAACCCACAGUGUGAUGGGCAGUCCGACUGCAGGGACGGCUCGGAUGAGCAGGGCUGCGACUGUGGCCUCCAAGGCCCCUCUAGCCGCAUUGUGGGUGGCGCUGUGUCCUCGGAGGGCGAGUGGCCAUGGCAGGCCAGCCUCCAGGUUCGGGGCCGACACAUCUGUGGAGGGGCCCUCAUCGCUGACCGCUGGGUGAUAACAGCUGCCCACUGCUUCCAAGAGGACAGUAUGGCCUCACCGGCGCUGUGGACUGUGUACCUGGGCAAGGUGUGGCAGAGCUCACGUUGGCCUGGUGAGGUGUCCUUCAAGGUGAGCCGGCUGCUCCUGCACCCGUACCACGAGGAGGACAGCCAUGACUAUGAUGUGGCGCUGCUGCAGCUCGACCACCCGGUGGUGCGCUCGGCCACCGUGCACCCCGUCUGUCUGCCGGGGCGCUCCCACUUCUUCGAGCCUGGCCUGCACUGCUGGAUCACCGGCUGGGGUGCUCUGCGCGAGGGUGGCCCCACCAGCAAUGCUCUGCAGAAGGUGGAUGUGCAGCUGAUCCCACAGGACCUGUGCAGCGAGGCUUACCGCUACCAGGUGACACCACGCAUGCUGUGUGCUGGCUACCGAAAAGGCAGGAAGGAUGCCUGCCAGGGUGACUCAGGUGGCCCCCUGGUGUGCAAGGAGUCCAGCGGCCGGUGGUUCCUGGCGGGGCUGGUCAGCUGGGGCUUGGGCUGUGGCCGGCCCAACUACUUCGGCGUCUAUACUCGCAUCACAGGUGUGAUUGGCUGGAUUCAGCAGGUGCUGACCUGAGCAGCCACCCACCCCCUGAAGAGCUAGGGCCCACCCCCU